UAGUCCUGCACCGGCAGUCCCGACCGCACUUCGUUUUAAUGCGAUAUAAGCUGGUGUACGACACGGACAACUACACAGGACAGUGAGUGGUAUUGACCGAAUAACACGGUCUCAGGAUCCAGGAUCUAGCCCUUGAAAUUACUGGGAUUUCAUGGGAAGGACAGAUUUUGGACGUGACCUAGGACCUGAUCGACGGAAGCAUGUGAAAUUAAUUUUUUCUGCAUGCAUUUGUACGUACAACCCGAGGCUCCGCCAUGCACUACCAUGGAUGACCAGCAAAAGUGCCAAGAUAGGAAGUUUAUUCGUGGAACGAGUCCGCAAGAGCUUAGAUCUAGUCGAGCCAAUAAUACCACUCAACCCCCGUCAUUCCUAAAUCCUUCCCCCAAGGAUUCGACCUUCUUUUGUCUCAGGAA